ACAAAACAUAGGGGGAGUCCCUUUCCUGGGCGUGUGCAUUAAAUUCUGACAGCAUGAUGUCUUCAGAGGAGAGUGCUGCACACAGUAAGAAGAUAGGAAGGGCAUGUGAGGGGUCAAAACAAGAAUUACUGAAAUGCCUCAAAGAAAGUGAUUGUGUAAAGCGAGGUAUGUCUCCCAAGGAGUGCCUGGGAACUAAUGCUACUGAUUGUGGACAUCUGCAAGUGGCGUUCUUUGAAUGCAAGCGAUCAUUAUUGGACAACAGAGUUCGAUUCAGGGGAAGAAAAGGAUAUUGAACACUGGCACUACUUUAGUAUCAUGUUACUAUCUGAUCACCUUUUUUUGUUCAUGGUUUGUCAGGGUAUUAUUAUGUAACCACCAAGUCUAUUGUGACAUCAUUGGAAUUCAUAUCCUCCUAAUAUGGAUUCGCACGCUUUUCAGCGAUCAUAAUCAACUGGUUAUCAGUCUCGGUAACAAGUAAAGAAGUUUGCUUCUCUCGUCACUCGGUGUGCACCUUAGCACGACAAUACCCUCUGGGUAAACAAAGUUUUAGACUCCUACCAAAGGCUAACUCAGUCUUUUAAAGUUUCAACCGUCCAAGAUUGGAUAUAUUACAAGAAUGGCUCUGACCGAAAACACAAGCAACGCAGGCGUAUCUCAGCCGAAGGCAACAUCUAACAACCUAUUGGACUUUAUCAACGGAGCCUCAAGCAGCAUACAAGAUGCCAUGGUCUCCAAAAAAAAACGAACCGUCAAUGUCAGGAAAUACAUCCAGAAGCGUGUGAAGCGGUUAAACGAUCACCAAGGCCCCAAGUCAACGAAGAACAAGUCAGUUCUGAGGAAACCAGGCUCUGCAAAGCAACUUCAGUGCCUAGGAUCCAUGUCUUGGCCCCUACUUACCACACCCAGUGAUUAUUCUGCACAGACACAAGGUCUUGAAACAUCUAAUUACCCCACUGUCUGCUCACCCCCUUCUUCUGGCUCGUAUGCCGCUGGCAACGAGAUCGAAACAAGCCUCUACCGAACGUCAGCUAGCAACAAGGUCAUCGAUGCUGAGCUCGACACUCUAUUGUCUGAACUAGCUGGACUUGACAGUCAACCAAGUACUCGUCACAGCUCCGACUCGUUCCAAACUGGUGCAUCACCGAGUUACACUCCCCAGUCAACACUAGAAAGUCAAGUCUACCUGGCAGAGCACCCAUACUCUCCACUGAAUUCCGACUGCUCCGACGAUGUCUACGAAGACUCUGCAUACUCUUCACCCGUUGGAAGUGUGGAUUACAGAAGCGUGGCAUGCUCACCCCAUAUGCCGGCUUCCGAUUGGUCCGUCCAAAAUUCCGCUCCUGCUCCCACCAUUUGUCCAGUAACCUCGACUGCGUGGUUCUCGGAGCAGCAAGCCGUUUCUGGGUCAGGGUGGCUCCCCCACUUUUCGUCAUACGAACAAGGCCCACCCAUGACGCCUACCGUCUCCGAACUUUUACUAGAUAGAGCUUCUUAUUUCUGAAGUUCUAAUUUCUCUCGUCUUUUUUCUGUGUGUGUGCUUUCUUUUUGUAAAUGACGACAGGUCAAAUGGCCUGGACUAUUCCCUUAUAAAAUUAACAUAA